AUGAGAGUCCUUCCAGCUUCUUUGCUGGUCGGAGCGGCUACUGCUGCCGUCUCCUCUCCCUUCCAGCAGGUUCUUGGAGACGUCAAGUCGAACCUCAAGUCGACCGUCGAGAGCUCCUCCGAGCCUCUGCACGCUUUCAAGGAGCAACUGAAGACUCUUUCUGAUGAUGCUCGUAAGCUCUGGGAGGAAGUUGCCAGCACCUUCCCCGAGAGCAUGGACCAGAACCCUCUUUUCUCUCUGCCCAAGAAGCACAACCGUCGUCCCGACUCUCACUGGGACCACGUCGUUCGUGGUGCCGAUGUCCAGGACGUCUGGGUUACUGGUGCCAACGGCGAGAAGGAGCGGGAGAUCGAUGGCCGUCUGGAGGCCUACGAUCUCAGGGUCAAGAAGACCGAUCCUAGCUCCCUCAACAUUGACCCUAAUGUCAAGCAAUACACCGGUUAUCUUGAUGAUAACGAGAAUGAUAAGCACUUGUUCUACUGGUUCUUCGAAUCUCGCAACGAUCCCGCCAACGACCCCGUUGUCUUGUGGUUGAACGGAGGCCCCGGCUGUUCAUCUCUGACCGGUCUCUUUAUGGAGCUUGGACCCAGCAGCAUUGAUGAGAACAUCAAGCCCAUCUACAAUGAUUUCUCUUGGAACUCAAAUGCCUCUGUCAUCUUCCUUGACCAGCCCGUCAACGUGGGUUACUCCUACAGUGGCUCUGCUGUCAGUGACACUGUUGCCGCUGGCAAGGACGUCUAUGCUCUGCUUUCUCUCUUCUUCAAGCAGUUCCCCGAAUACGCCAAGCAAGACUUCCACAUUGCUGGCGAGUCUUACGCUGGUCACUACAUCCCUGUCUUUGCCUCUGAGAUCCUCUCCCACAAGAAGCGCAACAUCAAUCUCAAGUCUGUGCUGAUUGGCAACGGUCUCACCGAUGGCUUGACUCAGUACGAGUACUACCGCCCCAUGGCUUGCGGUGAUGGUGGUUACCCUGCUGUCCUGGACGAGGCCUCCUGCCAGUCCAUGGACAACGCCCUGCCCCGCUGCCUGUCCAUGAUUGAGUCCUGCUACAGCUCUGAGAGCGCAUGGGUCUGCGUUCCUGCCUCGAUUUACUGCAACAACGCCCUCCUGGCCCCUUACCAGCGCACGGGACAGAAUGUCUACGAUGUCCGUGGCAAGUGCGAGGACGACUCCAACCUCUGCUACAAGGGUCUGGGAUACGUCAGCGACUACCUGAACAAGCCCGAAGUCAUUGAGGCUGUCGGUGCUGAGGUUGGCGGCUAUGACUCCUGCAACUUCGACAUCAACCGCAACUUCCUCUUCCACGGUGACUGGAUGAAGCCCUACCACCGUCUGGUUCCGGGUCUGCUCGAGCAGAUCCCCGUCUUGAUCUAUGCCGGUGACGCCGACUUCAUCUGCAACUGGCUCGGCAACAAGGCCUGGACCGAGGCUCUCGAGUGGCCCGGCCAGAAGGAGUACGCCUCCCUUCCCUUGGAGGAUCUCAAGAUCGUCGACAACGAGCACAAGGGCAAGAAGGUGGGUCAGGUCAAGUCCCACGGCAACUUCACCUUCAUGCGCCUUUACGGCGGUGGCCACAUGGUCCCCAUGGACCAGCCCGAGUCCAGCCUGGAGUUCUUCAACCGCUGGUUGGGCGGUGAAUGGUUCUAG